AUGAGCUUAUUUGAGAAAUUCAACGAUGCCAUAAGAAAAGAACAAGAGGAAGACAUUGCUCAAACAAAUUUGUAUAUCAAUGCAUUCUCGCCCAAAAAAUUGGCCCAAUUAGGUCUUGCGUUAAUCAACUUGAACCUUGUAAAUAUUAGAACCGGUAUAGGAGGCAAAACUAUACUAGAACUACAAGUAGAUAAUGCCGUGUCCGAUGGGGAGUUGUCCACGAGCACAAUGAAGACUGGGGAUAUUGUAAAGAUUUCAAAAAUGGCUAAAUCUCAGAAAAAGUUGAAAAAGGGAGCUGAUAAAGGGAAAGGGAAAGGAAAGGAGAAGGAGAAGGACACAGAGGAAGAAGAUGAGUUCCUCGAGGCUGUGGUUGCAAAAGUGACAAAUAAAGUGAUUACUGUUUCUGUGGAUGAAUCAACAAGUGAUGAUAAAAUUCUUAGUUAUUAUAACAACACAAAUGAUCUGGCGAGGUUAUGGAUCGUGAAAUUGGCAAAUUCCGUGACUUAUAAGAGAAUGAUAUCUACCAUGAACAAAGUGGGUGAGCUAAAGGAAUCUCAAAAGAAUGAAAUACACCGAAUAUUAUUGGGAGAGAGUAAAGUUAACUUUUUCGAUAAUGCUCAACCAAUAAAUUUUUUUAACCAAGGUUUAAAUGAUUCACAAAAGAGAGCUAUUGACUUUGCUAUUAACAAAUCAAACAUUUCUAUAAUAUUUGGGCCUCCGGGUACUGGAAAGACAAUGACCUUGAUUGAAUUGAUACAACAAUUGACCGAACGUGAAGAAAAAGUACUAGUUUGCGGUCCAUCAAAUAUAUCAGUUGACACCAUAUUGGAAAGACUUGGUGAUAAAUACAAGCCUGCGGAGUUGAUACGAAUAGGACACCCGGCGAGACUUCUACCGGUGAAUCUUCAGCAUUCAUUAGAAGUCUUGUCCAAGGAUUAUGGAAGAGACGUUAUCAAAGAUUUGGAGAGUGAUAUUCAAUCCGUAUUGAGCAAAAUUAUAAAGGUAAAGAGAUAUUCGGAGAGAAAGGCGUUAUAUAUGGAAUUGAAAUUGUUGAGGAAAGAACUUAAACAAAGAGAAAGGAAAAUAGUACAUGAUUUACUCAACGGAGCUAAAGUGAUAUUGGCAACAUUACAUGGUGCUGGUUCUCAUGAUAUAAAGAAAAGUGGCGUUCUUUUUGAUACUAUUAUUAUUGAUGAAGUUUCGCAAUCUUUAGAACCUCAAUGUUGGAUACCAUUAUUGAUUAACGAUCAGUUUAAAAGGUUAGUUAUUGCAGGAGAUAAUAUGCAACUACCGCCAACUGUAAUGCUGUCUAAUAAAACCGUUACCUCUCUUUUAGAAACGACACUAUUUGAUAGAUUAGUCAAAGAUUUGGAUGGGGAUAGAUUUAAGAUAUUACUUGAUGUACAGUAUCGUAUGAAUGACAGUAUCAUGAAAUUCCCCAGUAUGCAGCUUUACCAGGACAAAUUGAAAAGUGCCGAUUUAGUGAAGGAUAUUGCAUUGGUAGAUUUACCUGAUGUGGAAAAUAAUGAUACUACGUUACCGCAAUGUAUCUGGUACGAUACGCAAGGUGGUGAUUUUCCUGAGCAAAUAAUGGAUUCAGUAAAGGGAGAUUCCAAGUACAAUGAAAUGGAACUUUCUGUAGUUGCAUCGCAUGUACUGAAACUAUUGCAAAGCGGAGUUAAAUCAAAAGAUAUUGGAGUAAUUGCACCAUACGCUGCACAAGUGCAAUUUUUGAAAAAGAAAUUAGGACCAGAUAAUUUAAUUGAAGUUAGUACAGUUGAUGGAUUCCAAGGAAGAGAAAAGGAGGUGAUAAUCUUAACUUUGGUAAGAUCAAAUGAUCGUAGAGAUGUUGGUUUUUUAAGUGAAGAAAGAAGAUUGAAUGUUGCAAUAACCAGACCAAAAAGACAAUUAUGUGUGAUUGGCGAUCUACAGUUAAUGUGUGAAAGUGGCGAAAAGUUUUUAAAAGAGUGGAGUAAAUAUGUAGAAGACGGGUUUGAAGAUGGUGGAUCUGUUAAAGCUUAUGAGAUCAUCUAUCCUAACAUAGCAGAGUACCUGUGA